AUGUCUUUUAUGGUGGAACAUCUUAAGAAGCAACAACCUCGUCUAGAACCAACACCACCACUAAACCCAGCAAGGGAACUGUUGAAAAUAUUAAAAGUAUUAUCUGGUGAAGAGGAAGGGGGGCAAGUGCGAACCGUAAGUAUUCCAAGAUCAGCUGUCAAAUCAAGAUUCUGUGAUUGGAUUGCAGAAUACCCAUUCCCAGAUGGCCAAAAAGUUCCUCCAGUUGUGGGGACUUACGAUGGCACCAGGGAUCCAGAAGACCACUUGGCAUUAUAUUACCAAGCAAUACUCACAGAAAAAUGGGUAGACCCGGUGGCUUGUCACUUGUUCCCUGGAACGUUGCAAGGGCAUGCUAGAGACUGGUUUACUGGCUUACCUGAAAGAAGUAUAAAAUAUUUGAAAGAAAAAUUUGUUGCUCAUUUCUUUCAACAAAAGAAACACCAACGUAAUCACUUAGAAGCCCACUUAGUAAGACAAAGGGAGAACGAGCCACUUAGAGAUUUUAUCUUGAGAUUCACUCAAGAAUGUCAAAGGAUACCUGGUCUGCCGGAGAGUCAACAGAUUUCUGGCUUUACUCUUGCCUUGCACCCCGGAGGUCUCCAAAAAAAGUUAACUACAAAAGUUCCUAAGACUUUCAAGGAAGCCAUCGAUCGAGCCUAUGAUUACCUCCGUUCUAGAGAAACCUCCACGUUAGUAAGGGGGAUGAUAAGAAAGGAUAAGUCAUGGUCAGGACCCUCUGGAGGGAAAAGGCCUCGUUUUGAUAUUAGACGAGAUGGCUGUAGGGAAGAUUACAUAAGAGAUACAAGAAGAGAUGACCGUCCAGAUGACAGGAGAGACAAAAGGCCCAUUCAAUAUGGCAAAAGUGUCCAUCUUGUGGACUUAACAAAGUAUCCAAAAGAGAUUUUAAAAACUGAGAUGGUGGGCUCAACUUUCAACCCCCCUCCCCCGCUCAGAUCUGCAAAGAAAAACAUGAAUAAGUAUUGUGACUUUCAUGAGGACCACAGUCAUGAUACUAAUGAUUGCAGAGAACUCCAAGGAGAAGUCAAAAGGGCUUUAGAAGAAGGAAAGUUAGAGCACCUUGUUCCUGGAGCCAAGUAG